ACAGAAACCACUUGAAUACUCGGUAGUCAUCUCAAGAUCCAGAUUAGGAUAACGUUCUUCCUCUUCUUGCUCUCCUGUAUACGAAGCAACCUUUGUUAAAAAUCUUGAAAUAGGUUGAAGAAUAAAAGAACACACAUAUGGAGACCAAAGACUUCGACACGUACAGCGAGCGCAAAGCUUUCGACGAGACCAAAGAAGGCGUGAAAGGCCUCGUCGAUGCUCAUAUCACCGAGAUUCCUCGUAUAUUCCGCGUCCCUCAAGGCACCUUAUCCGACAAGAAACCUUCUGUUUCCGCCUCGGAUCCCACCAUCCCUAUCAUCGACUUUGCAGACGUCCACGUCUCGCGUGAACGUAUCGUCGAGAAGAUCAAAGACGCUGCGGGGAACUGGGGUUUUUUCCAGGUGAUCAAUUACGGUGUUCCUUUGAACGUUCUUGAAGAGAUUCAAGGAGGAGUUCGAAGGUUCUUUGAGCAAGAUCUAGAGGUUAAGAAAUCUUACUUCACUCGUGACGCCGCUAAGAGAUUUGUCUAUAAUAGUAACUUUGAUCUGUAUAGUUCUUCUUUAUGUGUUGGCUGGAGAGAUAGCUUCGCUUGUUACAUGGCUCCUGAUCCUCCUAACCCUGAAGAGCUCCCUGUGGUUUGCAGGGAUGCUAUGAUUGAACACACGAAGCAUAUGACGAGCUUAGGUGUUUUGCUCUUUGAACUCUUGUCGGAAGCUCUUGGUCUUAGCUCUGAUAAGCUUAAGAGGAUGGAUUGUAUGAAGGGUUUUCUUAUGAUAUGCCAUUACUACCCUCCCUGUCCUCAACCUGACUUAACCAUCGGCACAAAUAACCAUUCAGACAACUCUUUCCUUACGAUUCUUCUUCAAGACCAAGUCGGUGGCCUUCAGAUUCAUCAUCAAGACCAUUGGGUCGAUGUCACGCCUAUUCCCGGGGCUCUGGUUAUCAACAUAGGAGAUUUCUUGCAGCUGAUAACCAACGACAAGUUCAUAAGCGCAGAACAUAGGGUGCUUUCCAACCGAAAUGAAACGAGGAUUUCAGUAGCGAGCUUUUUCAGCACGAGUAUGCUUCCAAAUGCAACUGUUUAUGGACCAAUCAAAGAGCUUCUCUCUGAAGAAAACCCUCCAAAAUACAGAGAGAUUACUUUAGAAGAAUACACAAAAGGAUACUUUAAAAAGGGCCUUGAUGGAACAUCUUAUCUGUCCAAUUUCAAGUUAUGACAAAGAAUAAUACAAAACGUCUGGUUCGUUGUAACUUGUAAGAUAUAUUUGUGUAUUUCGUGCAUAUGUUGUGUCAGUCCUUGUCACAUUGUCACUUCUUUAAACUAUUUGUACCAUAAAAGAACAAAAAAGAGCUUUGGAUAGGAAGCU